AUGGUGUCAUCAGAAGACUUCAGCUUCCCAAAGAUGACAAACCCUCUUCCUCACUUUGCAAUCUCACCAUCAUUAUGGCGCGUAUCUUCCCUAGUUUAUCCGGAUUAUAGCAAAAAAGAUGGUGGAACAGACUUAGAUAUUUCCAGCAAAAGCUUCUCCUUUACAGCAGGUGAAGUGAAGAUAGAGAGCACCGAGGAGAAGAUGGAUAUGUUAUGGGAGAACUUCAAUGAAGAGGAGCUUCUAAGGGUUUCUUCUAAUUCCUUAGGCGAUAAGAAACAAUAUUCAGAUGAUAGUUUGGAUUCUGAAUCUGGAAGAGGAGUGAAUCAGCUUUGUUGUGCCAAGAAAGGCUUGCGAAUGCCCAAAUCAGAGAAAAAUAGCCUCAUAAGUGCUCCUGCUCGGCAUCAGAGACAGAGUAUUGUUGUGAUGUUCAAGCAUUUGAAGAAGAUUUUCUUGCUUCAAAGCUCAUCUUCAGAUCCAGCAAAGAAUCAUAAAAAAACUGUAAGGUAG